AUGUGCAUAAAUGUACAGCUGAAACACAAAAAGGGAACCACCGAAGCAAAGGUAUUGAUUGACUCAGGAAUAGAAGGACUCCUUAUUGAUAAACAAUUUUGUCAAAAACAAGGGAUACCACUUCAAAAAAUUGACAGAUUUAUUCCAGUAUUUAAUGUAGAUGGAAUGGCAAACGAAGGAAGAAAGAUCACGAACAAGGCAUGCCUCCUAAUGAGAAUGACAAAUGACAAAGGCGACUAUCACGAUGAACAAUGCAAGCUACUUGCUACCAACCUAGGAGGGGAAGAUGUAAUUCUAGGAACAGACUAG